AUGACUGCCCUUGAUCCAUUGACAGGGGUACCGCCCCCUAGGGCAUCGCGGCCUGCAUCUGCGCUACGGAAUGUAGCACAGCCAUUGCAGACUGCCACCAACACGCUUGGCACCCGCAAGCGAGCCAAGGACAUGGCUGCCAUUUUUGACAAGCGGCAGGCACCACACAGUCGCGAAGCACCACGCGUAGGUGCGGCGCCCUCACUGAGAAUGCAGCAAGCUGGACGCAGAGGACCGCAUCCCAGUGAGAUUCAUGCGGCGCCACCCAUUACCACAGCGCAAGUGCAUCCAGUUGAGCCGGCUUCUCGACCACAAACGCGGCUUGAACGUGAAAAGAAACGGCAUUACAAUGACCCUCCCAAUGUAGGUCCUUGGAGGCUGGGAAAACUCAUCGGCCAGGGCGCAUCAGGCCGCGUGCGCCUCGCGAUGCAUUCGCGCACGCAGCAGCUUGCUGCAGUGAAAAUUAUCCCGAAGCAAAUGCUCAUCAACAGCCGUAUGAGUUUACGCGACCUGAGUGCAAAGCAGGAUAAGUUAACAUUGGGCAUUGAGCGGGAAAUUGUGAUCAUGAAACUGAUCGAGCACCCGAACUUGCUGGGGCUUUGGGAUGUGUACGAAACAAGCAAGGAGCUCUUUCUCGUUAUGGAGUAUGUGGCCGGAGGCGAGCUUUUCGACUACCUUGUAGCUCGUGGGCGUCUACAGCCAUACGAGGCUCGACAGUACUUCCGACAGAUCAUAUUUGGUGUGGACUAUUGUCAUACUUUCAGCAUCUGCCAUCGAGACCUCAAGCCAGAAAAUCUGCUUCUUGACGGUUCACGCACUGUUGUCAAAAUUGCUGAUUUUGGUAUGGCUGCUCUUCAACCAACGGAAAAAAUGCUCGAGACCAGCUGCGGCAGUCCUCACUACGCGAGUCCUGAGAUCGUGAGUGGCAUGACGUAUGAUGGAACAGCUAGUGACAUAUGGAGCUGUGGUAUUAUUCUCUUUGCACUCUUAUGCGGACGUCUUCCCUUUGAUGAUCCAAACAUUCAAGUACUGUUGGGCAAGGUGCGCGCCGGAAGAUUUGCGAUGCCUUCUCACUUGGAUCCUUCAGUGAGGGACCUGAUUGGGCGUAUGUUGCAAGUGGACCCGAAGAAACGUGCGACUAUGCGGGAGAUUUGUUCGCAUCCCUGGUUUACAGAUAAUGGACGUUUAUCGUCGAAAAAUCCUGUGACGACAGAAAUCAGCACAUUGUCAAACGAACCAAUUCGCCUAGCUGAGAUUGAUCCUGACAUUCUCGGCAACCUCAGUACUUUAUGGCCCGAGCUUACACACGAGCAGAUUAUUCGAAGACUCCUUCAAUCUGGCCAAAAUUGGCAGAAGACGUUCUACAUGCUGUUGGUCAUUCACCGCGAUAGUCAUGGAACUGACGACGAAGAUGAAGAAGCUGAAGAUUUGGACGAGGACGAACAGCUUCAACUGAAGCAAACACAGAAUGAUAUGAAGCAACCUGCCCCGAUUGUACACUCCCCUUCCCCACCAGAGCCAUCUCGACCGUCAACUAUGAUCACGUCAGGCCCUACUAUGACGAAGACUCAGCCAACGCCAUCUUCUCACGUUGCGCCUCCUAUAAUGCCAGUCAGUAUGGGUGCGGCGCCCGAGUGUGUAACCCCUAGCUCCGCCAUUGCAACCGAUGCUACCUUACAUGCUUCGCAUCUCCCUCAAGCUCGCGAAUCACUAGACGAACGCGCCCCUGCGCCUGUGGUCACCCCUGUCGGAGCGCCUGCGGCGGCUCAGCUAACAAGCACGCCGCCGCGAGAAGUAGGUCGCCGCUCGAAUGUAUGGAUGCCUGAUGUGUCGAUGGGCUCGACUGCAGCGUCCAUGUCCGUCGAUGAGGAGCGUACGACUGGUCCCUCAACAAUAGCCAAGGGCACGUUAGCCGCACGACCCCCAGCGCCAGCGGAAAACACAGCGUCAGCUUGGCUCAUGGAGCAGGUUAGGGCCGAACAUGCAAGAGCGGAACAAUUGAGAAAUGAACAUCUGGAGGCUGAAAGGCGGAAGAUGGAGCAGCUCAAGGCUGAGCGAAUGCGUACUGAACAGCUUAGGGUUGAACAAGCUCAGGUUGAGCAGAUUAGGAUUGAAAAAGCGAAGACCGAGCAACUGCGAGUCGAGCAAGAGAAAGCUGAGCAAGCUAGGAUCGAGCGAGUCAGGGCCGAACAGCUUAAAGCUCAGCAAGAGAAAGCUGAACAAGCUAGGAUCGAGCGAGCCAGGGCCGAACAGCUUAAAGCUCAGCAAGAGAAAGCUGAACAAGCUAGAGUCGAGCGAAUCAGAGCUGAGCAGCGUAGAUCUGAACAAGAAAAGGCUGAGCAAGCUAGGUUCGAGCAAGCUAGAGCUGAGCAGGCCAGAGCUGAACAUGCUAAAGACGGAGUAACUUCGGCCGAACAGGCCCGAAACCGACCGCCCAGCUCUUUGGACAAGUCGGACAUGGCAAGGAUGUCUUCGAAGCGCCCAUCGAGCCGAGAGGAUGGUCCAGGGCGACGGUUAUCGACUCUCUUCUCCAUACCGUUCGCUGGACGCAAGCCAUCAUUGGCCUCCAUUCGACAUUCGUCUGGCCACAAUGCGCGCAUCUCAUCUGACACAUCUCGUCCGUCGUCUGCUCUUGGCUCGAUUCCUCCGUCAACGAUGAACGAACGCUCGAGCCAAGCGCUAUUUUCGACUGGGACGUUGGAACCAACCUUGCGUUCAGCCGAAUCAACCGGUGCUCGUAAGCCUGUGCCUACGGUUGAGGCGCUGGAAAAGACCAUGCAGACUGCACAGCAAAUGACGGAUGUGUCGAAAUCUGUUGAGCCUAUGGAGAUUUCUGAGUCACAUGAGACCUCUCGAGACAGGGAUACCGUUCAUUGUGCAACUCAACAAAGCACUGGCUCACAAGCACAGGCACCUUAUGCUCACACUGUGCCGAGCAUCAAUGCCCCGACACAGCCAGAUAAGACAUCUGCCAGUCACAGUUCGGCCGUCCCCACCAUCCUAGCACAUCCCCCCUCUUCCAAUGCCAUAGCGCGACCGGCGCCGGCAAUCACGGGCUUGUCAUCUUCGCCUAUGACAGGUGGCUGGAAACAGCGCUUGCCCUCUCUGUCGAGUCCAGAGCCUAACUCACGUUCUACGUCCCAAGGCAGUCGUGAGGGCGACGAAUCGCUCAUGCGGAUGUUUAUGCGGGAAAUUGCCGACGAACUUGACUCCCUAGAUGCUAUGAGUACGUCUCUUGGCAUGCCAACGUGCGCACGAACGUCACAAAACUCAGCUGCGCCAGCAAUGGGAUCCUCGCAACCUGUGGCACCUGGAACUUCGGCGAUGGAUGUGUCAGGGUCGUCAGCCUCGGCUUCGGCUUCGACUUCGACUUCGAGACCAAUGACGUCUUUGGCCACUACAGUUACGGCCAACAGCUCUGCUCAGCCUUCUGAUGUGUCGACCAGAUCUGGAACUGACACUUCGUUUGGCAGUCAGAAUCGCUAUGACGAUGCAAAUGAGGAAUCUCUGCUUGUCACUAGUGUGGAGCCACCCAGGACGAGUCUUGGGCAGCACACACGGGUCUACACGCCCGUGUAUGCUGCCUUUGCCAAAUACACUAACCAAAUACAGGCUCCAGAACCGCAGCUGCAGCAACAACAACAACAUAAGCCAGAUGCGCCAACGCUUCCAGUGCGCCCGCGCACAAACGAAACGCGCGCUCAUGCUCCAGGGAUGCCGCAAAUCCGUCAGCCUAUCGGCGGACGCGACAUGCCAGGCGAGGUUCGCCAAUCGGCUGUGGCUGAUGCUAAUACACCUAUUUCUUCAACACUUCCAACGCAUCCACUAUCGCCUCCGUUCCCGCCACACGCCUCUUCAACAAUCCCAUCGACGUUCAAGCCAGCGAAUAUCGUGCCACCACCUGUCGAACUUGUUGAUCCAUCAAGAGCCCCUGCCACUAGCGCAUCAGCCGCCCAGCGUGUAUCUAAUAGUCCUAUGCCCAUGGCCUCGGCAACAACGCGGCCCGCAAGUGCCACAGGGAUGCUUCCCAGUGUUAUGUCACCGACAACGAGCUAUGUACCUAAUAUGGUGCCAGAGCGUGACCGUGCACAAACUGCGCUUGGUACGGUGCCAGUGCCCGCUGGAACGAACGGCAUCAGCAGUCCGACAGGGCCUAUGGCAUCACCUUUGGGCGGCUUUGUCCCCGGGUCUCGCGCCGGCUCAGGCCCAGUCGUCAUUCCUACAAGCCCAACAUCUGCUGCUCCUGCAACUCGUUUGCCUAGCCCCAUCCCUGCGCGCCAUCCCGCAAGUCCAUCGGUAGUGCCACAUGCGCCAGAUGCUGCUUCCUCAGUUCGUCCCGUGACGUCGACGCCAGUAACCACGAUCCGCCCAUCGGGACCGGUUCCUCCAGGCCGUCCUGCUAGUCCAUUGCCUACAGCACGACCUGUGAGCACGUCGCCCGCUGGAUUUGUGCCGGCAGCAUCGCCCUCAGCCGCUCGCCCCUCUGUACCGUUCUCAGGGGGACGUACUCCAGUGCCAGUGUCAACAUCGCCACGACCAGCGAGUCCGGUAUCUGCAACCGUUCCGUCGAGUCCACCUGCGAGAACUCGUCUCUCUGGACCAUUGAACGCAUCAGCUGGCACAGCCCCCGCCGCUGGUCCCGCUGGUCGCUCAACAAGUCCUACGCUAGGACUACGCCCCUCGAGUCCGAGUCCUACUCCGGCAGCGGCUAGUCGACCUAGCAGCGCCUUAGGUGGACCGCCAAGGCCCAAAAGUCCCUUCGGUCUGGCCAAACGCCCAUCUUCACUUGCAUCGCCAAAACCAACGUUGUCGUCAGGACGCACUGCAUCCGGCUCCACGGGCCAAUCGAGUAUCCGACCACGCCGAAGCCUCAUGGGCACACUCCGUGGUGAAGGCGAGCCGAUGGGCUUGGGCGUCGACAUUGUUGGAAUUGAGCAACAGUCCCAUGCACAUAUCCCUCGACCUGCCUCACCCAUUGGUGGCGAUGCACCUUUGUCCAUUGGUGCGAAACAUUCUUGGUUCCAUGGUCUGCUACCGAAGCGACAGAUGCAUGUUCUUAUGUCGGUGGAAAAUCUAACCAAGACCAAAGUGACGUGUGAAUCACUUUUGGUCCAAAUGGGUGCGACCAUCCUGGCAAGUUCGCGUGCACAAAGUAGCUUGCCGCUCACACAGCAGGGACCGUCGCAAUACUUAUUGGAGCGAAUCCGCGAUCCACAGAGCGGUAAGUCCAUUUCUUGCAAACCUAUGCGAUUCCGUCUCGAGUACACGAUUCUGCCUGUCCGAUCACAGGCGUCAUCAACUCCGUCGACGGCCAAUGGCGGCGGCAACAUGCAAGGCAAUGCGUUGCCGACGUCGCCGGGCAUGCCGGGCUUUGAUCCUCGUUCCGCGCAAGGCCGAUCCAUGUCGCCGGUGCUAGGUGGUGGUGGUGGUGGUGGUGCAGCAAGCACUGCAUCGCCAUCAUUUGCCACUAGCGUUACAUGGACGCAUGAAAAAGGCUCGCUUACCACGUUCCGGCUCUUCAUGGACAAGGUUCGAGGUGCAUGGACCUUGGACACCACAAGUAAUUAA